AUGUUCAAGCGAAAUCUAUCGGCAACGUUGGGGACCCUCGGCCUCGACCUAGUGUGGAGCGAAUACUUUGACGAUUACCUCAGCGUGUGUGGUCGAGAGUUUGCUCGACAUUGCGACUUCGUGAUCGCGCUGUUCUUUCAGCUCUUGGGCUGGGAAGUGUCUAAGGACAAGGAGCUCAGCUACGACUCGAUGUGCACUGUUUUGGGGGUCCGAAUAAACUUGAGGGAUGCCAAGCUUGGUCUGUGUUUUCUCGGGAACACGGACAAGCGGCGUGCUGAGGCCAUUGCUCAGAUUUCUGCUGCUCUGACUUCGAAUCAACUUGAUCCUGCAGAGUGUGAAAAGCUUCGCGGGCGAUUGCAGUUCGCGAGCUGCCAGAUUUUUGGUAGGCGGGACGACUACGUGCAUAUUUAUGUCGAUGCAUCCUUCGAACCGAAUGGGCACUGCGGUUUGGGGGGCGUGGUUUUCUCUUCCUUGGGUGCUCCGCUUAGCUGGUUCGAACAUAAGGUGGAUGACGAGUGCAUCGCAGUGCUGCGUACUGAGGGCAGCAGGGCCAAAGAGACUGUCAUCUUUGAGCUCGAAGCCUUGGUGCUCAGCAUCUGCCUCGAUGUCUUUCGAUCUUUUGUGGACCGCAAAGGCGUGGUCAUCUUCACUGACAAUGAAGGUGUGUUUGGAUGUUUCGUCAGAGGCCAUAGCGACGACAUCAUGUGCACACCUCUGAUUGAUUUCUUCGCGAGGUGUGAAGAGAGUCUUGAGACGAUUUGCUGGAUCGACAGAGUGCCUUCUUCGUCGAACCCUGCGGACGAUCCUUCAAGGGGUCGUGGCUUUGCAGCGCCACAUCAGUCGGUGGUGGACAGGGCUACGCUCAAGCAGGCGCUGCCACAAGUCUUUGGGACGUUAAUAGUGAGCAAAUCUUGGAUGCCCCAUGCCACCUUCGCGGAAAAGUUCGAGUCCGUGCGUUUUCAUAUGAUUGACUUCGGUUAUGUUGUGAGCCAUAACUUUCUCAGUGAAAAUAAGAUCUAUCGCACAGUGCGCAGCUCCAUCAUGGGUGGGCUGAGCUGCAUCUUCCAGCCGUACGCGAGGGCCAAUCUGCCUGGUAUGGAUGAGUACGAGCCAGAGAAGGAGACGACUUUCGUCAUGACCAUGCCGAUGCCCUGCUCCUCUGGGGAGUGGCUGCCGUUGCCGGAAGCACAGCCGCAGCGCCUGACCUGGCUACGAGAGCUGCUGGAUGCUGUCGAUCCCGAGGCUGAAGAGCAGAUCUGCUACCUCGUCCUUUGCGACUUCACCUUCCCGCUGGAGCGCCACGACUCCCUGGGCUGGGCCCCUCCUGCGCGCAUGAACGUCAAGCGCAGCCAGCUCAGUGAUUACAGCCGCUCGAUCAUGGACGCCAACGGCCUGCAAGAGACCAGGGACACGAAGCUGGUGCCCUUCCUCGGAAUGCACGUCAAGGAGGGCGUGGACGCCAAGCGUCUCAAGUUCAUGAUCGAAGUCAUGGGCGCCGUGGUCACGAAAGUCCACUCCGUCAUCAGCUUCAAAUGCCGGCCCUGGCUGCGCGACUUCAUGCGCGGCUGCUACGGAGAGCGGCUGGCCAGGAAGCAACAGGGGCAGCGUGUGGAGGCUGAGAUGCUGAAGCUCGUCAUGAACGCCAUUUAUGGCAAGGUCUGCCAGAACAUGGAGGUCUACAAGAACACAAACCUCUACACUGACGAGGCCAAGUUCGUGCGCGCCAUGAACGGACACCGCAUGCAGGACUUCGACUGGCUUGAGGACGGUGGCGGGUUCCUGAGAUUCAUCCACAACGUCGGGCCCCGCCCCAGGCUGCAGAAGAGCCUCAUUCAGGUCGGGUGGCGCGUCCUGGAGCUUUCGAGGCUGCUGAUGAUGAAGAACCACUACCUCGGCAUCAAGAAGCUCUUCCCCAACGCGGUCCCGCUUUUCACGGACACUGACAGCAUCACCUGCCGGAUUGCCUCGCCCGUCCAUCCG